GAAACCUACUUUCUCCCUCCCACAAAAUACGCACCCAACAGUCCCCUCCCGGUGUUGGUCUAUCGAAAUGUCCUCCCCGAUCCGUUGACGGAGGAAUCGUGUCAGGCGUUUAUCGAGGACCAUGGAUGGGAGAGGAAGGGCCCUGUCUGGAAAGCAAUCUACAAACGACAUUUCCAUCCAAAUGUCCAUGAAUGCUAUGGAAUAAUAAGCGGAACAUCCCAAGUCCUCAUGGGCCUCGGAACAGGAGACAUCGAAACCCCCAAUUCCGGUCUCCGAUUCACACUCCACGCAGGCGAUGUCGUUGUCCAUCCGGCUGGGACUGCGCAUUCGAAUGUUGCUGAUGAAGGGGAGUAUCGAUAUAUGUCCUUUUUUCCGGCUGGAUCGCCGCGUUGGAAGUCGGAGACUGGGAAGGAAGAGGUGGAUUUGGAGGCUGUUCGGAGAGAGACUGGGGGUGUGCCGAUGCCAUUGGAUCCGGUUUGGGGAGGGGAGGGAUAUUUGCGUUCUCUGUGGAGUAUGACUGCGGAGUAG